AUUUCAGGACAUACAAAGGGCUAAAAGAACAACUCGGUAAGAGUAGAUAACUUGGUUUGUCCGAAAUGAAUUGAUAAACUGAAACAGUACUACGCUCCCUCCGGAAACUAUUGCUUGUCCACUAGAAGGGACUUAUUGUGCACCUAUGACACCAACUGCUGUAAUCCCUCAUUAAUCAUCAUAUGUGAAUAUGCAUCUUCGAUUUUUAAUCGCAUUAUUACCACUGGUUUUUGCCCAAUUUGAUGACGAAACCGCGUUUCAUUUCUCCGAUCUCUCACAUGGGCGUAUUGUCUGGAUUGUUGAGAGUAGCAGUUUACCCUGGAUCGGCGAAUACAGAUACUUGAGAUCGCGAAGUACUCAUCAGUCGAAGCUUUUAACAGUGGUCGACAGUUCCUCCGGAGUUACACUUGGAGAAUGCCAAGAUAGUCCGGAAGAUGAUUUCGUCUCUCCAUCCAAUGGAACUUGGAACCUAGUUCAAUGGGUACUGACGGCCGAUAGCUUAUCUUGUUCUAUAGCUCAUUCGAAUGCGUCACGCAAUGUUUUUCCUUUAUCCACAAGUCCUCGGACGUUUUCCAUACGGUUACAAUCAAUGCACGGUCCAUCAUGUGUGCGGGAUAUGAGAGUACAAAAUGAACGUUCAAUCGGUUGUCCACCUCACUUUUACGAAAAUUCCUUCUCAUCCAAUCAUCUCAGAUGUGGAUGCCCCUAUGAUGUAGAUAAUGCAAAAGAUAGUCAAGGUUCUGAUAGUCCACAUUUCCCUUUGUUCGAGUUAGGAAGUACUGUAUCACCCCAGCCCCUGGAAACGAGGAAAUGGACCGUUAGUCCAUGUGCAGAUUUCUAUUGUCAGAAUAAUGGAACAUGUGUUGUGACACAAGAAGGAACGGCUGCAUGCUUAUGUCGCAAUGGAUUUACUGGUGCCAAGUGCGAAAAUGAUGUUUGUGCGAACGUCCCUUGCCAAAACGGCGGGAAAUGUCGUGCAAAUGGGGGAGAAGCCUUUUGUGACUGUGCACCUCCAUACACUGGCAUUUUGUGCGAAUCGGCUGUUGCGUCUUGUGAGCCACCUUGUGUCAAUGGUGAAUGUGUUGUUCAAGACGAUAAAGUAGCUUGCAAGUGCAGAAAAGGAUUCAUUGGAUCUGUCUGUAAUGUCGUUGAUGUUUGCCAUGAGGAUGCGGCUUGCUCCAUGUUUGGUGCACAAGCAAAGUGCAUAAUAGACGAGACAAGUUUUACGCUGAUUUCAUCGUCUCUGUACAAUGCUUCCUACGAAUGCAAAUGCCCUCAUCCCGUUGAUGGCGAAUAUGUCGAUUGUCUUGCGCUGCACCUUUCAACAUCAGUAUCUGAGUCAAUUCCUACGAUGAUGCCGUCUAUACGUCAUACGGUCACAAGAAUGCAGGGAACAGGAACAACAACUGUAUCUCCACCACAUGUGCUCACCACUACUGAAAGGAAGUUAGAGCCAGAUACUCACCUGCCAGCCAUUCAUCGUCCUGUCGAAAAUACUACCCAUCUAUUAGUUCCUGUCGAAAAUACUACUUACUUACUAGUAAGUUUGAUGUUAUAUGUGUUCAUGAUGCCUUAA